AUGGAAAACUUCAUGGCGCCGCUGAGCACCGUCAGUGAGCUUGCGCUUCAGCAGAGCAAGGCUAAGCUCCUCCACGGCAAGGUGAGCGGUCCCUCCCGGCGCAAGCGGGAGUUCAUGCCGGAUGAGAAGAAGGACAACAUGUACUGGGAGAAGAGGCGCAAGAACAACGAGGCGGCCAAGCGCUCACGGGAGAAGAGGCGCCUCAAUGACUUUGCCAUGGAGAGCCAGUUGGCUGCUCUCAGUGAGGAGAACGCCGUCCUCAGGACAGAGCUGCUCUCCCUGAAGCUGCGGUUUGGGCUCAUCAGCCCAGACACCAGUACCUACCAGGGCCACUCCCUCCAGGACUUCCUGGGAGGUUAUUUCAGAGGGCAAAGGGCGGCCUCCCCACUCCUUGAGGUUGAGCCCUUUGCUGGGGAGUCCUGCUUCUUCACAACGAAGAGCUUUGUGCCGAAAGUGCUGGAGCCAGCUGACUUUUCCUGCAAAACCUUUGGCCCAUCCAGAAACAUCCUCGGCUGUGACUCAAAGCCAGCUCCCAUGGACACAACUGGCCUUCAGCAGCCAAAGAGGCUUGAUGCAGCCUUCAGAUCCACAGUUUGCUCUCCGUUCCUCAAUUAUCACUACCCAGACAAAUAUGCUUUCCAUUUGCCUUUGUCAGGCAGUCCCUGCUUCUUGUGCCCUUCCCCCUGGUCAGCUGAGGUGAGCAAAGAAAGCACCACAACUGUCUCAGAUGAAGAUGAUGAGCAACAAGUGCCCAAAACUUCUCCUCUUCCCCCAUGCAGCCUGCCCUGCCCUUCAGAAGAUCAUUCGAAGGGCCGAAGCUAUGCUGCCCUACCUCACAAGCUCCGGAUUAAGACCAAAGCCCUCAGCAGCUUGGAGGAGAGCAGCCUGGACUCCCACUGA